AUGACUUCAGGAUGCAGUGGCAUAACAGUGGUAAUUGUUUUAUCAAUGUUUUCUCUUGUAAUGAGCAAGCCCUUCCUUGGUGAUCUGCUAGCACGUGCGAUAUCUUCCUCAUCUACACCUGAUGAUCCACAGUCGCACAUAACCGAUUUUCGAAUGAUGGCGAAAAUGGACAAAAAAGCUGAUAAAUUACAAUUGAUCGAUGCGAAGCAAAACCGUUCAUCCAACAUCCAUCCCGAAACAUCCAGCGAAGAAGACACACAAUCGAUACAAAUCAGCACCGAAGUACCGAAUGCUGCUUUUCCAGCAAGCACACUAUGGCAACGGUGGAACAGAACCGACCUUUUGGCCCGUAUCAUAGACGACAUUCUGAAGCCAGCACACGAACGAAUUACGCUAGUGUUUCAAACGCUAGUACCCAAAGAUGGUGUGGAAGAUGUACUAAAAGCGAAACAAGUUUCAACUGAUGAACGAUUAAACUCUACCAAGGAUGAUGGAUCCGAUGAACUCAGCGCAGACCUUGAGCCUCUGCAGCAUGAAACUGAACCGGCUUUGUUCGAUCCACCCGUGAACGGAAGUACCUUGUUGGGACAGUUUCAGGCACGCAGAAACGUCAUCAGACGCCGUGUAGCAAAAGCAUUAUCAUCCAUUACGGGGCUGUUGAUACUGGCGGCAAACACGCGCCGAGAAGGCAAUGCACGUAGUACACGAUCGAUAAAACCCGCUGCCGAGGAGCAUAUCUUCUGGACGGAUGAAAAACAUAGACUAGCAGCCUACAGUGAGCCGAUCGAGACAGUUCUAGACGACGAUACCAACGAAACAAGACCUCGAAGAAACGCAGAAUCGGUCGCUAUCUUUCUACUGGAAGUGUUCGGAUCAAUGGCGGGAUUUUCGUGGGGCAUAUUUAAGCAGGUUCAAUCUUUCUUUUGGUAUGCAGUAAGCUAA